AGCUCACGGCGCACACAACUCAAGACGGAAGUAGCGCGGGGAGACGGGCGACGGGCGGUUUGUCAACUACGGCCGUUGAUGGCACGCUUGAAUGGCAGCGGAGCCCUUACGUGCCUAAUGUUAGCGCCCGCCCGCCCGCCGUCGCCCGCUUGGCUUUUGAGAGCAUCAGCUACUUCGUCCGAAUAUCGAGAACAAAAAGAACUAGGGGCCGCGGCGUAAACUUUACGAUAUUUAGUCAGUUUACGAGAUUUAGGUAAGGUAGUCAAAGCCGAGGGAAUGCUCUAUUUCCGGCCGUUUGACAGAAUAGACGACGGCCCGGGGGAGUUUUGGAGCCGCCAUCCACUGCAGGUCGUUAGCCCACUGUAGUGCACCGAUAAGAUAGCGGGCUGCCUGCCCACCUCCGAGGAAUGCCAUACGGAUAUCUCGGCCUCUCAUCAACUAAACCACGACGGAAGAUCGCGACAGCUCACUCAGGCAGUGCAAUGUCGCCACCACUCAACCCCGAGUUGAGGAGGCAGGUCAUUACCAUCUACAAAGAGCUGCUCAACCUCGGCAAGGACUACCCGCAGGGAUUCGACUACUUCCGGCCGCGGCUGCACCGGGCCUUUAUGGCCAACGCGCACCUCGAGGACGCGGAGCAGAUCCGCCAGGGGAUCGCUCGGGCCGAGUUUGUGCGAAAAGAGAUCGAGGCAUUAUACUAUCUUAAACGAUAUCGGGCGUUAAGGAAGAGGUAUGAUGGAGCAUAAAAAUGAUAAUUCAGCGUUCCGGGUGUUGGCUGUAUAACCAAAAAAGACUUGCUGUUGUGAUGGGGGGGGGGGGGGGGGG